AGCGACAACGACGAGGAAGAGCCGCCCCCAGCACCUCUGGAAAAACCCGAAAUCCCCGGAACGCCGCCGCCGCCAGCUCCCAACCCCAAAUCCCCCCAGAACCCCCAAACCCCCAAAGCCGAGACCCUAAAACCGGAACCCCAACCCCGGAAAAACCCGGGGAAACGCCGCGGGAAACCCCAGAAAUUCCGGAAUUUUCGCUGCCACGACUGCGGCAAAGCCCUGGCGGCGCCCAAACGCCGGCGAGGGACGGAGCGGCCCCACAAGUGUCAGGAAUGCGGGAAAAGUUUCCGUUUGAGCUCCGGCUUGGUGACCCACCGACGCCGGCAUUCCGGGGAAAAUCCCUACAAAUGCCCGGAUUGCGGGAAAUCCUUCAGCGUGGGCUCGGCCUUCAUCCAGCACCGGCGGAUCCACGGCGGCGCGGCGCCGUGCCGCUGCGGGGUUUGCGGGAAGAGUUUCCCGGCGAGUUCGGGGUUGGUGAAGCACCAGAAGGUUCAUUCGGAGGAGAAACCCUACAAGUGCGGGGAUUGCGGGAAGGGGUUUAAUUGGAAUUCCCACUUGGAGCGGCACCGGAGGAUUCACACCGGAGAGAAACCCUACGAGUGCCCGGAAUGCGGGAAGAGCUUCUCGUGGAGCUCGCAUUUGGAUCGGCACCGCCGAACCCACGCGGCGGCGGAAACGGGCGGGAGGUGCGAGGAGUGCGGGGAAUGCGGGAAGGGGUUCCCAAAAAACGGCGGGGAUCCCCAAAUCCCGAAGAAACGCCGGGAAGCGGCGGAGAAACCCCACAAAUGCGGGGAAUGCGGGAAGGGGUUCGGCGCGGCGGCGGCGUUGGCGCAGCACCGGCGCGGUCACGCUCCGGGAAAACCUUACGAGUGCCGGGAAUGCGGGAAAAGCUUUUCCUGGAGUUCCCACUUGGAUCGGCACCGCCGGAUCCACAUGGGGGAGAAACCCUUCCGCUGCGGGAAUUGCGGGAAGGGAUUUUCCCAAAGCUCCCACUUGGAGCGGCACCGGAAAAUCCACGGGGAGCCGUGCCGGGAAUGCGGGAAGAAGGAGGGGGGGAAAAGCGGGAGAAGCUUCCAGAAGCGCUGCGGGAUUUCGGGAGGGGAGGGCGGUGACGGCGGGGAGGAAUCGGAGCGGGGAGAGGAGGGAAAAGGCGGGGAAAAUUCGGGAUGGAGCGUCGGGAAUUCGACGGGUGGGGCGAGGCAGAGCGGAGGGAAAACGCUGGCGUGCCCGGAAUGCGGGAAAAGCUUCGGGCAGAACUCGGCGUUGGCCAAACACCGGCGGCUUCACAGCGGCGAGAAACCCUACAAAUGCCCGGAAUGCGGGAAAAGCUUCGGCGUUCGCUCCAACCUCAUCAAGCACCAACGGACUCACCUGGGGGAGAAACCCUACAAGUGCCCGGAAUGUUCCAAAGGCUUCAUCCAAAAAUCCGACCUCACCAAGCACCGCCGGAUGCACACGGGGGAAAAACCCUACGAGUGCCGG